UUGCAUUUUAUGGAGAAACGUGAAACGCAGGUUUCUACGGUCCGCAUCAGCGUGUUUGUCCCUUUUUCCAUUGCCAGCUUUAACUUGGAUGCCAAAGGUGCAGCUUUAGGAGGAGAACCACCAUUAACGCUCCCUUCUGUCUGUGGCCUAAGAAAGGUAAGGAAACAAGGGAGAAGAAAAUGGAGAAAGCUCUGACAAGAGUCAGUAGCUUGAAGGUGGGUCUGGGAAACUCAUGGAUUACCAAGAAAGCCAAGGAGGAGUUCUCUAACAUUACUGACGACAUCAAUGCUUUCUCAAAUACUGUUGAAGAGAAAGCAAAAUGGAUUUUCAACAAGCUAAAAGGCAAGCCACUUAAAAGCUUGCCAGAUCUCCUCCGGGACUACAGCUUGCCGGCGGGGCUUUUCCCCCAGAACAUAAUCUGCUACGAGUUUGACGAAACCAAGGGUAAGCUGGUUGUGUACUUGCCAUCUGCAUGUGAGGUCACCUUCAAGGACUCCUCUGUGGUAAGAUACGCGACUCGAGUCAAAGGGAUCAUCACGAGGGGGAAGCUCACUGGAAUAGAGGGAAUGAAAACGAAGGUCGUCGUGUGGGUUAAGGUGACAACUGUGGCGGUUGAGGGCUACAAAUCUGAUAAGGUUUGGUUCACUGCUGGUGUUAAGAAGUCAAGGCCAAAGGAUGUUUAUGAUGCGCCUCGUGAUGCUCUCAGAGUAUCAGAAUUCUGAGCAUAUAGGUCUUUUGAGUAUCCUUAUCUCCAUUGUUAUGUAGGUCAUUGCAAAAUGCUAUAUUAUAUACAGUAGGAUUUAGUCUCGUGUUUUUUUAAGAAAAUCUUUUGCCAGAAAUGUUGAUACUGGAUAUUUUGAAUUGCUGUUCUGAUGAUUCAUUGAAUGUGAGCUGAGAAGCUCACAUGAGGCAAGUCAAAUUUGAAGACUUUGAAUAGUACAACUUUUUUCCCCGCCA